AUGAAGAGAGAUAAAUCUUCUUUUGAAAAACUCCCUUUGAUUGCUUAAUGCAGACUCUCAUUAAAAAACAUUAUGUCUCUUGCUGAUCUAAAUCAAAAAUAAGUAAGUUUAAAUAUUAUGUCAUUAAAGUCAGUUAGUAAACAUAGCUAUUAACAACCUCUUACCGAGAGGCCUCCAAGAAAUAAUAUCAAAGUUCAUUCGUCUAUUUUGGAAUUUAAGCAAAACUAUAAAAGAAUGCUUACAAAUUCUAAAUAUGGCAUUAAUUAUAUGCAAAAGAAGGUUUUCUCUAAACUUGAUCCUCUUUGA